GUUUCUUCUUUUAAAACGAGAUCCCCACAUUGAUCAAAAUUUUAAAUGAAAUUGAGAAAAAUACGGAUUUACAAAAUAUCUCUCGUUCAUCAUUAUACAAACUUAUGACAGAAAUCAAUUUCAAAUAUUUGAAAAGGAGCCAUAAAAGUGUUUUAAUAGAACGUGAUGAUAUUGUAAGGUGGAGACGACAAUACUUAACAUCUAUCAAAUGUUACAGGUCAGAAGGUAGACCAAUUUAUUAUUUAGAUGAAACCUGGCUAAAUGAAGGUCACACAAAAGCAAAAGUUUGGAUAGAUACAAAUAUCAAAAAUAAAACCCAAGCUAUUAACGAAGGAUUAUCUACAGGUCUUAAAAGCCCAUCAGGAAAAGGUAAACGUCUCAUAAUUCUUCAUGCUGGAUGUGAACAAGGAUUUGUUAAUGACGCAUUACUCGUUUUCGAAAGUAAAAAAACUGGAGAUUAUCAUGAGGAUUAGAAUGGAAAUAUCUGCAAAGUUGCUAGUAGUUUAAACAUUGAAGAAAUCUACCUUUGUUUCAUCAUUGGGCUGCGAAUUUAAACGUUUUAAUAACUUGAUCAUUCAAAUCCACAUCAUGUAACUCGCAUUUUUUAUACCCCCGGAAACUUCUUCCACUUAUUUUCUACUUCGCCAUCACUAUUGUUACGCUAUGUUAUUAUCAAUCUCUCAUAUUAUAAAUAAACGGUAAUUACCACUUA